AUGAGCGAGAAGAAAGCGUUGGUGGAGCUAUUUUAUGAUAUCAUCUCUCCGUAUUCGUGGAUUCAAUUCGAGGCGCUGGAAUCGAUAUACAAAGGUUUGGCCAAUCGAGCUUCAGCUGAAGCCAUUCUACUUGGGAGCAAUCAUGAAAUCAGCUGGCAAUCGUCCACCGAUGACCGUCCCGUCAAAGGGUGUUUACAUGUUGAAAGAUUUGGAGAAAAACAAUCGAUAUUGGGGGUUGAAGCUGCAAGCGCCGUCGAACGUUGCCGAGAUCGUGAUGGGCAAACGACGAUUCAGGCGCAAAGGAUGCUAGCGGCGAAAAAGCGGUGGAGAGUGGGUCGUUCGGCGCUCCGUGGACGAUCG